CAAGCGGCAGCUUAGAAGGUAUCAUUUCUCCAGAAAAUGCUAUAAAACCAUUUUAUUUUGAUGGAAAGACACAGUUUAUUCUAAGCAACUAACUAAAUACAAUGAAAUUCUUCGAAACCUUAUUCGUGCUUGUGGUUGUUCUAUACGUUACGCCCACGUAUGAGGCAGUCAAACCAACUAAAUCGCCAGAAAUUCAAAAAGUAUUUGCCAAUUCAAAUGCGUGCAAACUUGAACCAAAACUGAUGUCAAGCAUCACAACCUCGGGAAACCAGUUGAAAUCGCAAAUUUCCAAUUUCCAAAAUAAAUUUAUCGGUUUGGAUGAAGAAACUCAAACCAAAAUAACUGACGUCAAAAACACUGUAUUGCUAUUAUCUGCGAUAUCAAAGGAUUUUGCAGCAAUAAAUUCCAAAAUGCAUAAAUGUUGCAACACUUUUCGAUUUGCACAAAACACAUUUGGUCGCACUAGUGCAACAAAAUUGAAAAAAAUCGCCAAAGAGCAUCCGGAAUACUUGAAAAUGAUGAACGACACGAUACUUAAGUCGGAAAAGAAAGUUCACGAAUCGCUGCCCAAUAUAAACGACUUGGGAUCGCGCAUACGAGAGACAACCAGUACGUUGGUAAAAGAACAGAGAAUUGCAAAACUUAAGAAGAUCCUAAAUAGUGUGAAAAUUGCAAGUAAAUCGAAGAAAAGCGAUUUGAUUGAAAAGAGUCUAGUACCAGCUUUGGACGAGUUUUUGCAACAGUACAAGGAAACUAUCACAACGUUUCAAAAAGAUGCGAAUAAUGUGAAAGACAUUAAGUGUCCAGACACUAUGAGUUUUGUUGAUGGUCUUAAGAAAGCGCUAACAGGUGAAGUUGUACACGAGGAAAAACCAAGCGUGAAAAUUCCAGAGGAAGAGAUACACACUGGUGAUGAACACCAUGAAGAGACACCAGAGGCUGAAGAUCAUUAUACGUCGGAGACAGUGUCGCAUGAAAAUCCUAGUGAUGAACAUUUGGAUGACGAUAGAUCUACAUCCGAUGAUCAUGAUGAGAAGCCGAGUGAAGACAAAUCUGAUGAAAUGUUUGAUGACGACAAACAUUCACCAGAAGCAAGCGCUGUCGAUGAUGAUAAACAUUCGGAUAAAGAUAUGGCUGAGGAUCAUGAUGUGCAUGACGAAAUUCACUCGUCUGAUGAAAACAAACAUGAUGAAAACCAUCACGAUGAAUUAUCAGCCGAGGAAGAACCAUUCGUGGAACAAGAUACGUCUGAUGAAGACAAAGAACCAUCCGAAGAAGAAAAAUCUGACCAUAACCAUCAUAAUCUGGACGAAGCCAAUGAGGAGAAACCAGAUGAAGUUAACGAAGAAAAGCCGGAUGAAGAAUACUAAGCAAAUAAAAGCGCGUCUGUUUGUUUUACAAACCAAAUUACAUAUUAAACAACUUUUUAUUGAAACAGUUUUCAUUUUAAAAUCAAUAGCAAUUGAAUAAAAGAGUCUUGGUCAUCGUGUCAAGUACUGCAUUUCAAUCAA